UCUGUGAACAUUUAAUAUGAAAAUGUAAGAAGAAGACGGUCAUUCGUCUGUCAAUUGAGUUAAAGGUAAACAAACGGAAGAUCUUCUAUUUUUCGACUGCGAAUUUUAACCGAUAAUCCGAUGUCCAUACCAUGAUUCUGCACCGACUGACACAAAUCCGUUCGGCUUCAACAAAAAUUGUCGAACCGUUCUUCGUAACAACUCCCAUUUUCUACGUUAAUGCCGCUCCACAUAUCGGUCAUCUGUACUCGAGCGUAAUAGCCGAUGCGAUUUUUCGCUUCGAAAAACUAUUGGACAAUCAUACCAGGUACAUCUUCACAACUGGGACAGACGAGCAUGGUUCGAAAAUACAGCAGGCUGCACAAGCGAAAAAUGCCUCGAUUCGACAGUAUUGUGACGGAAUAGCCAAGGAGUAUAAGACUCUGUUCCAAAAUUUUAACAUCGAAUACACGGACCUAAUUCGUACCACCGAAUCACGACAUCGUAAAUCUGUUGAACAAUUCUGGCUGAAACUUUACGACAACGGAACCAUUUACAAAGCUAAAUACUCUGGAUGGUACUGUACGCCCGAUGAAACAUUUCUAACCGAGUCCCAACUGAAAGAAGAAAAUGGAACGAAAUUCUCAAUUGAAUCUGGUCAUCCUGUGGAAUGGUCUGAAGAGGAAAAUUACAUGUUUCAACUAUCUAAGUACCACGAUGAAGUAAUCCGCUGGCUGGACAAGGAAGAUCGAAUUAAGCCCAAGAAAUUCCAGAAAAUUUUAUUGAACGCAUUAGCAGAACCAUUGCCUGAUGUAUCAGUGUCCCGACCUUCUUCACGAGUCCAUUGGGCCAUACGGGUUCCGAAUGAUGAAUCGCAUUCGAUUUAUGUUUGGUUGGACGCGCUGGUAAAUUAUUUAACAUGUUCGGGCUAUCCGAAUGAUGAGUUCAAACCGAAUUGGCCGCCUACACUUCACGUGAUCGGAAAGGAUAUUCUAAAAUUUCAUGGCAUCUAUUGGCCUGCAUUUCUCAUUGCUGCUGACAUAGAGCCACCGAAAGGGUUACUGGUUCAUUCGCAUUGGACGGUUGACGAUGUUAAAAUGUCGAAAAGUAAAAUGAAUGUUGUGGAUCCGAAUGAACGGAGUUCGAGGUAUACCAAGGACGGUCUGAGAUAUUUUCUACUUCGCGAAGGCGUUGCACAUAGUGACGGAAAUUACAGCGAUAUGAAAGUAAUGCGGAUACUGAAUUCGGAAUUAGCUGAUACACUGGGAAAUUUACUAUCUAGAGCUUGUGCCAAAUCAGUCAACAAACGACAGAUAUCACCCGCGUUAGACAGAUCCGAGUUUGAAAAAUUACUUCGAAUGGACGAAACAAAGAAACUUGUGGAUUUAGUGGAAGCGUUGCCCGCAAAAUGUUUUAAUCACUACAAAUCCUACAACUUUUACUUAGUUGUCGAUCAAGUGAUUGAAGUGCUACAUUCGGCAAAUAAGUUUUUCGAAACAACAAAGCCAUGGGAGCUUAAGCAACAAAACGAAAUUCGACAAUUAGAAGCAAUAUUUGCUGUAACAAUGGAAACUUUGCGAAUGUGUGGCAUUAUAUUACAGCCGAUAAUUCCGUCUAUAUGUAAAACAUUGUUGGACAAGCUAAAUGUUAAUGAAAAUCAACGGAAUUGGAUCGAUACGAACUCGGUGUUAUGGAAUCAAUGGGAAAAUAAUAUCGAAAUUGGAUUAAGGGAUGGUGAAGCAGUGCUAUUUAGACGAAUUCAAUUAGAUGAAAAUGAAAAAGCAAAUAUUAAAUCCAGAGAGAAGAGAAAAGACAAAACGAAGAAAAAUGAAAUAAAUUCAUAAGAGUCUGGGGAGACAUGAAAAUUAGAUGAAAAGUAAAUAACCGAAAUUUCUGUUCAAACAACUGUUGCUCUCCCAGCUCAAGCACACUAAGGUUGUCGGUACAAUCGAUUUUAUACGUACUUGUACCUGCUACUCUUUUCGCCAUCAGUUGAUUUCUGUUGUAAGAUUAGAAUUGAAUAAAAUUGUUUUGAGCUUAAA